GAAAAUCUGAGAUCACUCCGUUUGGGGUUUUUCACAUUGGAAGAUCUAGUCGAGAGGACGCGAUAGCGUUUUUCUCGCGGGCGGCAACACAUCGUGACGAUGGAGGAGCCCCACUCACACAGUGGUCGCUUCGUGAAAAUUUCUAUCACCCAAUAGUUUUUCCUCUUAGUGCCGCGAGCCAGUUUUCGAGUGCUUUCUGCAUUAAAUUCUUUAUCGUUUUUAAUUAUCUCGAACAACAGUUCUUUCUUUUGCGUUACGGUGAGAUACUCUCUCAGUGUAGUUGAGGACACAAAUUUUUGGCGUUUCUGUGAAGUAUUUCGCAUAAGGAAUUUACCAAAGUGGGAUUUUCAUCUUGUCACGCCAUCCCAGUGUCCAUCACCAUUGAAGGGUGUCAGCCUCUUUUGCUUUCUGUUUUGUAGUUUUCGACGUGGUCUCAACUGUAGCCGCUUUCAAUAAACAGCAUCCGUAGAAUUCAGCCACAAGCCACGAACUUCGAACGAAAUUCCUCUGAAUUUUGGAGGAUUGAGAGCAAGAUUCUGUGUCUUUUCCGUUGAAUUUGAAACAGAGAAAGACCAUUCUGAGCCUCUCAAUUGCUGUAUAGUUGCUAGAAACACAAGAAACUGUGCGAAAGCGGCAACUUUGAGGAUCUAUAAAUCAUUCUACACAUCAAUAAUUUAGUAGAAACUAGAAGGAGGACCGUUUGUCAAAAGAUAUAUAACCAUGGCUCAACGAACUCUUGUUCACAAGCAAUUUAAUUCACCGAUUGGCCUCUACUCCGAUCGAAAUGUCCAGGAAACUCUCGACAGGGAGCUGAGGACGCUUUCUAGUGGAGCUGUUGGAAUCGACUUUGAGAACAACCCGAGCGCCAGCAAACCAGCUAAUUUAGCUAAUUCAGCUGUACUGAGGAUGUUAGAAGAAGAAGAGGAAGAACAGCGCCGAUCAGGAAGUAAUCCUGACUGUGAGAGGCGCAGUCGAUCGAGAUAUCGGGAAAUUGAUCGUGACACGGUGCUCCGCAUAAAUCGUCAUCGCCCGCGGCGCCAAUUCAGCUGGCCACCGAAGUCCCGUACUCAGUCGGCUGAUGGGGUGCCAAGGGGGAGUGCAAAGGGGGAACGUCGAGAUUUGUCCCUCGACUCGAAACUGUCGAAUGUGAGGGACUGCACCGUGGGGGCGACAUUUGCAGAGGAUUUAAGUGCUCUCCAGCAGCGUGGGGAGUUGGCACAGCAGCAGCGUGUUCGCCGAAAAGGCGCCUCGUGCCUCCCGCCGCCAAAACCACGACGCUCAAAUCGCGACACUGGCCAGGGCUCCAAUGGGCUGGACGCCAGCCAUCAAGCGCAAUGGCAUCGAAAUAGCAGCACAAAGAGCCAGCAUAUAAAUAGCUGUGGGCAAAAGGCAUCAGACACAGGUGCGUCAGUUAAUUUGGACACCGUUCAAUUGAUGUCCCGUCCAACUGAUUCACCACCCUCGAAUGACUGGCAUUCCUCUGCGGACACGGACGUGGUGUUCACAGUGAUAGAAACACCUGUUUACUGUCUCUUUUGCGCUGCUAGAGAUUGCCACUGUCCCACCAGAUCCCGCGAGCACCUGGAUCUAUCUGAGAUAGAAGCGCUGGCGGAAACCUCGUGUAGAAUUGUGGCGAAAGGUGAGGAGGAAUUGGCACGUGAGAAAGAGGCACAGGAGUUAGAUGCUGCCAUCCGAGAGCUCAUUGACUUCGCGUCGGUGGUGAAAAAGCGUCCUGAAAUCAUGAAUCCAGCCUACAUUCCGAUUGUUGAGGGAUGCCUUCAGGAACUUGCUCUCCUGGCCAUGCUUCACUCUCAGGGUCGCAUUGGAUUGCGCCCUGAGAGCCCACGAAAUGCUAUCAUUCAGGAGCUGUCUGCUCCAUCGACUGACCAUUCAUCACAAUCAGCGUACACUCCUGACAAGGGCAUUUGUCGCAAUUUGCCCAAGUUGAGUGAUGGCCUCGUUGGCGAUAAUCAUAAUAAACGGGAGGAACGUGAGAGUGCCGGAAUCAUCACAGAACCCUUCGUCUCCGGCGAGAGAUUCCUCCCCACUGAAGGGUUGAGACGAGUCGCCUGGCCACCCCCUUCCGACGUCACUGUCCACCCCUCUCAGGUCCCGCAUCAACUCUUCAAUCAACAGCCACAGAGCCAGCAGCAAUACCAGCCGGUGGCUCCCGCUUCUGUCCCACCAUCAGCCGCCACUUCCCACCAGGACGGUGCCCCCUAUAGCGCGCAGCCUGCCUCCUACUCCCCAGUGGUAGGUGCAUCUCAGAAUUAUACGCAGCCCCAGUCGUAUAGUCAGCCUCAAUCGUACGCUCAGCCGCAAUCGUAUAAUCAGCCGCAAUCGUACGAUCAGCCGCAAUCCUACACCCAGCCACAAUCUUACACCCAGCCGCAAACCUACACCCAACCGCAGUAUUCGCAGCAAGAGUCGUACUCACAGCCGCAAUACAAUCAGGCACCGGUGACGCAGCCACCACAGCCUUCCCGUCAGUUCCCAACUCCAGCACCAUCCUACCUCAAUCGUCCCGAGGUCCCACGUGGAUCCUCUCCUAGCACUGCAGCUUUCUCUGGUGGUAUUGCUCUCGGUCAGUCGCCACAGCCACAGCCUCAGUCUCAGGUGCCAUCUUGGCGACGUGGAGCAUCCCAACCUAGUGCUGCUGCCCCUCUAUCUCCUCCAAUAGCCCAACUCUCACCCGAUCCUUCAGCAUCUACUCUCUCCCCUGGCGGAAGUUACUCACCUACGCCACGCGGCUGGGCUCCAGUGAAAGCGGCUACCCCAACGCGCGUCGGAUAUACCCAGCAGAGUCCCGCGGCCCCAUUAUACGAGGCACCCCAGUACGAGGCUGCGCCCUAUCAGAAUCAGUUCCAGACACAAUCCUACCAGACAUCUACAUCAUAUCAGCAAGAUACACAGAAUCAGCAGUACUAUCAAGCUCAGAACCAAGCAGUUCGUCAACAAAGUCCGGGUGUCAUAACCCUUCGUACUGAACUGCCUGUUUCUCAAACUCCGGCACCAGUCUACGCAUCUCAACCUCCAGUCUUCAGUUUCAAAGGAGGCUCCAAUAUGCGUGGUGAUCAAAAGUGGCCUCCACCGGAGUACAAACAGCAAGCUGCUGCUGAGAACGAGGCCCGGCUGCGUCUAGCCGCCGGACCAGCUUGUCGUCCGCGACGUGUUCAUAAAGAUUACACGACAUUUUUUGCCAAGAACGCCCUCAGUCACAACUAUCCUGGUUACAGAGUUCCACCAGGCACACAACACGUCAACGGACAACCCAUGAUGUAGUGUCAAAUUGACAACUCUAUUUAGUGGCUGUUGAACCUCCUCUUUUUAUCGUCUACACCCCCAACUAUCUUGACAAAGAAAGAUAUCUUUAUAUUUUUUUGUUUUAUUAAUCCCUCCAUUCAAGUUUCUACUAGAAUCUUCUUUUAUUUGAAUUAUCUAAAAUUCUUUUUUGUUUUCUUGUUAGAAAUAUAAGACAUACUCCGUUGAAUAUUUCUAUCAAAAACUAUAUUGUUAUUUGUUCCUCUAUUUAUUUUUUCAAUCUGAACAAUUUUUGUUUAUCUACUCUAUUUUAAUUUUUUUCUCAUGUUAACACGAAUGAAGAAUAUAUUGCAGAGAUAUUUUACUGCUUUAUGGAAAUGCGCAAAAAAAUGUGAAUAGAACUUAGAGAAUGUUUUAGUAUGAUUUACUUUUUGAAAAAAUUAAUUUUUUUUUAUUUAAUAAAUAUUUUUUUUGUGAUUUUUGUUGAAGAAAAAAAUUAAAACCAAAUUACUGAACAAACUAUUGUAAAAAAUGUUAUAUUUAACCCCACUGAAGAAAUAUAUAAAACAUAUUCUAUAUUAAUUGUUGUGACCAUAUUUGAUGUUUUUGAAUUUUUUCGAUUGACAACAGAGAAUGUUAUUUAGUGUUUUAUUGAAGCAUGAAGAUAAAAAAAAUCUAUUAAAAAUAUAAAUCAGCAAAUUUUUGAAAAAAAAUUACAAUUAAAUAUCGUGUGUUAUUUAUCAACAAAGAAUGAAAUCCAGACAUUUAAUGAUUAUACGAAAAAAAGCACGCUCAAAGAUUUUAUCAAUUUUUGAAAUUUUUGAAGUGAUGAAAAAAGAACAUAGCAAAGACAAUUUGCAAAGAAACGCUGAUAUUUGAUUUUUUUUAUUUACUUACAAACGAAAAUGUAAAAGUAACAAAUGCUGCUCACUAUUGAUAAGACAGUGUACACGAUCAUAUGACAACGACAAAAAGAUGAUUAUGAUUUAUGAAAAUAUUUAAUUUGUAUCUAUUUAAGUUUUUUUUUGGUUAACUUUUUGCAUCAUUUGGUGGUCACUGAGUACAGGUUUCAUAAGAUCACCAGAAUUGCUUAGAAAACAAAAAAACCUUCUUCGCAAAAUGCGAAAAUAUGCGCUAGAUAGAAAAUGCCCAAAAAUUGUCUUUUUCGGAUUUUUGAGUGAUUAUAAAAUAAACUUAACAUCUGAGGACGCAAAAAAUCACUUAGAAAAAUGUCAAAGUGCAAUAUGUUGGCCAUUUUUUAACAUUACAAAAAAAUUUUAUUUUGAUCUAGAUUAAGAUUUUGCCAAAUGUUUUUUCUUCAGAAACAGAAACUCCUCAUACAGGCAGUGAUUAAAACAGGAGCAUAAUCACUAAAUGUAUCAGGAGCUUCUAAAUAACAGAGAAAAAACCUUUGGCAUUACAAAAUGAAUUGUUGAACAAAUAUUUAUGCAUGAUUUUUGCGCUUAAGAUGGAAGUAAAAUCAAGUAAGGCAGAUAAUUGCAAACGGAGAUAUUUGUAGAUGAUGAAUUGUAAAAGAAGAUGAAGAAAGUUAUAUAUGUAUCAAUAAACUUACAGGUGAACAGCUAAAA